GUGGCAGCGUGGCUCAGUCGAUUUUUAGACGAUCAACAAUGAAAUACUUUGCCAUUUGCGCCCUGCUCAUCCUUCCGCUGGUCAGCGGAGGGUAUGUGCCCCAGCCCAGGCACUUUGUGACCUACGAGAUUCAGCCAGCUCACCAGCAUUUGCCUCAUAUGGAAGAAAUUGCCAGAAAGAUGCAGGCCAUGCUCCAGCAUAUGAACCCGGACAUGUCCGUCCUGGCCGAUGCCAUCAAUGUCCCCGAUAUGUCCGUCCAGGCCGAUGCUGGCAUUUUGCCCGAUAUGUCGGUGGCCACCGAUGCCGAUAACACUCCCAUUAGGCGCGCUGCCUGGCUCAAGGCUGCUCCCAUUGCCAAGGCCGUCGCUCCCAAGUUGUUUGUGAUCCCUGAUAUGUCUAUGCUGGAGGAUGCUGGCCUGAUUCCAGACAUCUCGGUGGCCACCGAUGCUGAUGAGACCCCCAAGCGUGGCUCCUUUGCCCUGAAGAAGCCCCUGCUGGCCCAGGUUGCCGGAGGUAUCCCCAGCGUUGAUGCUGAUCUGAUCCCUGACAUUUCGGUGGCCUCCGAUGCGGAUGAGGUUUCUGUAGCUAAGCCCCAAGUCAGUGCCGAUGCCGACCUGAUCCCUGAUAUCUCUGUGGCCUCCGAUGCUGAUGAGACCCCCAAGAAGCUCAUUCCUGGUCUAAAGACUUUUCCCCAGUUGGCCAAGGUUUCCGGAGCCGAGCCUCAAGUCAGUGCCGAUGCCGAUCUGAUCCCUGAUAUCUCUGUGGCCUCCGAUGCUGAUGAGACCCCCAAGAUGCUCAUUCCUGGCCUGAAGGCUCUGCCUCAGCUGGUCAAGGUUUCUGGAGCUGAGCCUGUGGAGGUUCCAGCCGAUGCCGACCUGAUUCCUGACAUCUCUGUGGCCUCCGAUGCUGAUGAGACCCCUAAGAAGCUCAUUCCUGGUCUGAAGUCUCUGCCCCAGUUGUUCAAGGUUUCUGGAGCUGAGCCCCAAGUCAGUGCCGAUGCCGAUCUGAUCCCCGAUAUCUCUGUGGCCAGCGAUGCUGAUUUCGAUCCCAAGAAGACCCUGGCGGCCCUUUUGGCCAAGCUUCACUAAACUGACUCGUGAAACUAUCAGCAAAGCCUGAUUAAAUCGGAAACGGUUGUGUGUUUUUUGUAUUUUUACGUUAUUAUAUGAUUGUCAUUAAUCAAUAAUUUUUCGAGGAGAACGAA